UUCCUAGAGUAUUUAAAAGUAGAAUGGGAGGCAGAGCCUUCAGUUUUCAGGCUCCUCUUCUGUGGAACCAGCUUCCAGUUUGGAUUCAGGAGACAAACACUAUCUCCAGGGUGAAAUCAGUUAAACUGGGACACUUUUUGGCAAAUUUCAUAUUUUUUGGCAAAUUUGGUAAACUUCAAAAUAAGCACUAAGUGAGACUGAAUUGUGUUUUUGUUGUUAAUGAGUUGUUUUCAAUAUGUAAACCUUGAUUUAAUUUCAUAAAUUAUAAUUAUUCAGGUCCUAUAGCUUUUGAAACAUUUUUGAGAUGAGCAGCGUUUUAGGGUAAAGUGGGCCACUUUAUCAGUCAGCUUUGAUUUGAACUCAUUUUAACAAAUAUGAACACAUUCAAGUGUUGAUUUAAUAAUUCAUGAAUAAAAACACUGGCACUAAAAAUAACUAGAAUUAGUUAAUUAUUACAACAUUUUCAUAAGAACUGUAUGUUCUAUUUUAGAGACAGUCUUUGCAGAAGAAUCCAUCGUCAGCAUAGAUGCCACUUUCUUCUCCACACGUCUCAUGGAACCAGGCGCUGCGGUUCCCACAGCUGAUCCACUCCCCACUGGCCUUUGGGUCACUUUUGUCUCCAUAGACUGGCUUACAUGCUUUGCAGGGCACGUCAUCCUUCUUUGCACCUUUGCUUCUUCUGGUCUUUUCUAUCUUUUUAGUUUGCACUGCCUUGGUGGAAACGUAGUCUACGUGUCCAUCGCUUGUGAAGACAAAUGACAGAGGUUUGGCCCUCUUUCUGACAGUCCUCUGUUGUUUUGGUUGGGCACACAGAUCACUGAAUGUAAUACAAGUUCAGGUUGAUGGCUCUUCCUUUGGUGUGAACAGGUUAAAGACCAUCUCUAUCUCAGGAACACAUUCAAAGUUGACCGUUAUUUCUUCAGAUCCAACCAUCCAAGAAUGUAAAGGUUGAGGGCACCUCAGAUACCGCUGCAGGGGGAUGAAUGGGGCUGAGGGAUUUUAGGGUCUGGAUGUUGGUGCUGGAGCUGGUGGUGUCUGGUGGGGUCUGCUUGCUAUUGCUGGUGGUGUCUGGGAUCUGAUUGCUGGUGGUGUCUGGGGUCUGCUUGUUGGUGCUGGUGUUGUCUGGGGUCUGCAAGUCCAUCUAGAUCUCUGGCAUCAUCCUUAGGUAAUGACUGAACAAACAACUGAGCCCAUUCUAGGAAGACAUCAUUAAUCCAGCCAUUAUCUGAGACCUGAACAGUAACAUUCUCAGGGCACUGUUGGAGCCACUCACAUCGUAGCCGCUUCCCUUUAAACAUAAUCACAGUUUGACUGAAAAUGCAUUCUGCAUUGAAGGCUGCCAUGCAGGUGGUAGUUUCACCUUUCUCACCUGCACAGACCUCCAGACAUGGUUGGCCAAUCACUCCAAGCACCUUGGUUAAGGAGCACUGGUGUUGUGGACCAGACUCGUCGCAGUUCCAUACAUAUGGGAAGGCAUGCCCUCGAGGCUGGGAGUGCAGAGCAGGUUGUCAUAAACUGGAAACCACUGACUGACCACCUGCUUGUUCAGUGGUGCGGCCCUUGCAGCUGAGAGCAAUUCAUGGUUUUGUAUGCCACGCCCUGCGUGGUGCUUAGUGAAAUUUUUUAACCAAUAGUAUCCUACUCAGCCAACCUUUUGUGAGAAGCCCUUAAUAUUAUUUUGUGAUGCUGUUGAACCUCUCUAUUGGUAAGAGGAGCCAGUUCUUGUUCUGCUGCCUCAGGGAGGCAUAGCCACUAUGAGCUAGCUCCCACUCACUCUUCUUUGCAGUGUGGCCUGGGGAUUAUUCUAUACUCUUGAGAGGAAGCGCACACUUUUUUAAUUUCACUCCUUGUACUCUUCCCAUGCUCCCUGUUUUCUCCUCUACCCACUGAUUGUAUUUCCCUCUUUCCUUCUCCUGUCUUCUCCAUGUUCCUUCCCUAUCCUUUUCUUUUAUUGCCUUCCUUUCUUCAAACUUUCCUUUUGGCUAAAGCAUGUAGUCAGGGCUGGAUCAGGUGACCCUGAAUCCUCCCUUAGCAAUGCUGCAAAAGUGUAGGCUGAGUCCCAUGAUGCACUAAGUAUUUAUCCUUCUCUCACCCCUUUUAAGAUAAGAUAAACCUUUAUUACUCCUACACGUGGGAAAUUUGUUGGGUCACAGCAGAAAGUGGACAGUACAAAGUUACAAACAGCAAAAAUGAAGAAAUACACUAGAAUAGAAUAAGAUAAAAUAACAUACUAUGUGUUUACACACCACUGUGCAUUUAAUUAUGAAUUAUUAAUCACUCUCUGGCUCUCGUCCACAGCAUGUCUUUUUUCCUCCCUUCCCGAGUCUGGCUCUGCUGGAGGUUUCUUCCUGUUAAAGGUUUUUCUUCCCACUGUCGCCAAAGUACUGAUUGUUGGGGUUUCUCCGUAGAGCUCUACAACUGUACUACUCUGUCUUAAAUAGUGUAAACGGUUAGCUUAAAUAAAAGCUAUGUUUUCGUGGAGCAGCGCUGUCGGAACAGCCAACCGGAAAAUCUGCUAACUCCGAUGUCGCCUAGUGUGACGCUAGGAGCUAAAGCUAACUGCAGCUAGCAGCUGUAGAACCGGAUGUUUCAGUAACAGCGACAUAACCAAAGAGUUUGGCUAGCUGGUAUUUAAAGUUAAAUUUCGACCCCUGUGGUGUUAAAGGGCGUGGGCCUUUAUUUUAUUCACACUUCUGGCUGUUUUUAAAUUGAGUGACUAGGUCAAACACCCGCUUUUUUUUUCCGCGGCAGAGGGCUGGGUGGGUUUUGGGGGUCGUCGAGGCUGACUCCUUUGGUAUUUGAAUCGGUCAGAGCGAGCUGAGCAGAGAAGGUGCCUUUCGGAGAUGGCGGUGCAUGUGACCCUGAACGGGACGUUUUUGUAUAACCGCUAUGAGCUGCUGGCGUGGCUAAACGAAACCUUACAGACGAGCUUCACCAAGGUGGAGCAGGCAUGCACAGGUGCGGCUUAUUGCCAGCUGAUGGACUGGCUGUUUCCCGGCUCCUUGGACCUCUCCAGGGUCCAGUUCCAGUGCGACACCAUCAUGCACUCUCUGCACAACUUCACCUUGCUGCAGGCUGCUUUCAGGAAGGCCGGAGUGAUCAGACACAUCCCCAUCGAGUCGCUGAUGAAGAGGAACUCGGCCGUGGCUCUGACCUUCCUCCAGUGGUUCAAGAUCUUCUUCGACGAGAACAAUGAUGGCAGGGAGUACAACGCCUUGGAAGCUAGAGGAGGACAGAGCCUGGUUCCUGCUGACCUAGGUGUGUCUCGCACAGGUGUCACACAGCGUGUUUUCAGGGAACCGAUGCUGGGAACUAGUGCUGGGCGAUAUUGAAAAAAUAUUUAUCACGAUGUGAAUUAUUUUAUAUCACGAUAACGAUAUAUAUAUCACGAUAUACCACAAUGUUUCCACUUAUUCUCUGAAAAGUGUGACAGAUGUCAUUGCUCACUUUUCUCCAACUUUAUUUUGAAGGUUUAAAGGAACUGUCACAAAUGAGAAACGUGCAUUUUAGUGCAGCAAUAUAAAUGCAUCAAAGGAAAACAGCUGUGGCCUUCUUUAUUUUCAAAAUCAUACAUUUAAAAUGAACUUUUUAAAGUGCACAACAGUUUCAAGGUUUUCUGCCCAAAAUAUUUGUUUUACUAACAUGCAUAUCAUAUAUGCUAGUAAAACUAAUGUGUGUAUAUAUACUAGUACUACGUGCACGUAUAUACGCACAUAAUGUACUUUAUGCACGGUAAAUACGUAGCGACGGCAGACUCAUACCUUGGGCUAACACGACUCCAGUGUGGUCAUGUGGGAAGUCCGCAGUCUGUCAACAGCGAGCGCGGCGUCUUCGUUAAUGAAGCGGAUGGUUACGCUCAUGCAGGGCUGCGUAUCUCUGCUCGUCCACAGGUCAGCAGCCAAGGCUUAAUGCACGACACUGCAAACAUCCUGCUCUACUUUGGCCGCCAUGCGUCGUAUAAGCGAGGCAACUCGACUUUACUGAAGUGCUUACGACCGGGCAUAACGUACCUCGGAUCAAGGACUUUGACGAGGUCACGAAAGCUGUCCUUCUCAACUACAUAAACAGGGCCAUGCCUUUACAAAUGCAACGCGAGACGGCGCCUGUGAUUUGUUUAUGGCGCUGGGACGUUUUCUCAUACGGGCCUCGUGUGAAAGGCUGCUGCAUCUUCAGCUGGUAUAGUUUUUCUUUCCCAACUUGCUCCCGUCGUUCCACAGCUUGGUUUAGCUCGGAUUCUCUGGAUUCUUCUUCGUGGGCCUUCUGUAGGUGAUACAAGAGAUUUGUUGUGUUGCCAUCGGGCGCGGGAAUAGUUUUAUAGCAUAGCUUACAAAUGGGCGUCUUCUGCUCCGUGUUGGUGCUGUUGAA